UGUAAAAAUGGAAGUCCUCAAACCAUCAAAUUACCCAUGGAGAAACGAAGCAGAGUUUCAGUAUCUUAGAUUCUUGUUUCCAGAAAAAAUCUGGAGGCAGAAGCACCCUAAUUUUCAAGAAUUGCUACCUAAUUUAGGAAAAAUUGAAGAAGCAUGAAGGCUACUCAAGCUGUGGUCAAAGAGGACCAAUAACUCUAUGCUUAAAGCAACUUAUUUAAUCGCGAAGAAGAUCUACCAAUUUCUGUCUCAUGAUAUUUCCAAAGGUAAUGAUUCACUGAAGGACUCUCUAUCUGUUGGAGUAAUCAGAGUUGUCAAUAUAAUCACAGACUCUUUCCAGAAGAAUUAUCAAGGAAAUAAAUUAAGCAUGGUUGAGAUUGCAAGAAGCAUAAAAUUUCCCCAAGAAGCAGUGAAGAUCAGGAACACUAUCUCUCACUCUCAGUUCGUACCUCCUUUGAGACAAAUGGUAGAAACCUACAGAGGAAUGUACAGAUGGAUUUAUAACGAGUUUUGGAAUAGCAUAUUCAUCAAUGUUGCAGACGACAACGACACACUCUCAACUCUCUUUAAAACAAUUGGCACUUUAAAGAUGCCAAACGGAGAUGAGUUUGAUCAGAAAUUUAAAGAAUAUAAGGAGAACCAUUCAAAUGAUCCAUAUAAUCCCGAUAUAUUCCACCCGUUCAUGCUAAGAGAAUCUGGUCUUGGUAGACUGAACUUAUAUCUAUCUGAAGAAAACAUUCAGGCAAUUUGAGAAAGCCUUAUUUUCAAAUCUCUUGGAAAUGUUGAGAUUGAGUACAAAGAAAAGGAGAAUUUCAAGAACAUUAUUCUGGAAUUUGAGAAAGAUCCUUCACUAAUCCCAAACACUCUAAACCAGCUUGUUAUUUGUAGAUUCCCAUUCAUAAAGGAAGUUGAAGCUAUCAUCAUAUUUCUGAGACAUACGGCCCAAGACUCACUGGUGAAUACUAUCUUAUUUAAAACUCUGCUCUCUUAUCUCAUGACUUUAAUAUAUGAAGAAGAAAGAAUCUACAAGAAAGAGUUAAGAAAAGGAUUAUUUAAACACAAAAACUUCAUUCUCCAGUUAAAAUUGACCUUCUUUAUGGUGGCAUGGGUGGAAGACAGAAUCCUCAAGAUUGAUGAUGAGUCACCUGUGAUUAUGAGAGAGCUAGCCAGACUGAGAAAAUUCAGAAGUUUUUCAUUUUUCAGUGCCUUUUUGCUUAAGAGAUUCACAGAGAAGAGCAAAAUUAUUAACAAGUUAGAGUUGAUUACAAUAGACUCCAGUGGGGCUGAGAUCCCUGCAGAAACAGGUACUGGUCAUGAAAUAGUAUUGGCAUCUACUAAAAAGAGAAGCAACAAGAGAAAACCAACAAAAAGGACUGAGGACCUAAAUAUUAGCCAGGAUGAAUUAACAUGUGAGAAGGAAAAGACUCUUGAUUCAAUCAUAAACAGAAGAAAAAGAGACAUAAAAGCUAUGCAUAAGGAUCUCUUGAGAGAAGAAGAGCUUUAUUCAGACAGAGAAGAAUUGCUUAAACUAUCUCAAGUUAAAGUAAAAGUCGAAGUAAAUGAGCCUGACCACAAUGUUUCUUUACUUCCAAAUGUUGAAGUUGGACCCUCUUCUCAAAAAGAUGACGAUGAAUCCUCACCUCGCAAAGAUGACAAUGCUGCCUCAUCUCAAUCUGAGCAAGAGAAUGAGAUUGCAGAUGAUGAUUCCCAGUUUGAUGAAUCUGAUUUCUACGCCUCUUUAGAAGAGAGGGAGUUCCAAGUAUUUGACAUUGAUGUGGCACUAAAAUUAUUAUCGGCUGCUUAAGGUAAAAACAUUAGCCACUACAAAUCUUAUGGUCUUUCACUUCAUUCGCCCUAUUUCUUCUUACUGAAGAGCCCGGGCUCCUCAGUGAGAAAAUUUAAGUCUUAAAAGGAAUUUUGAGUACAGUAAGAUUUUUAAGCUAUGUGGGGUCGUUUAGGAUACAGGUUUUACAGGGAUAAUUGAGGAAAGAGGUUGUACUGAUUUUAUAGCAAUGAACAUUCUAUA